AUCGGCAAUCUCACCUUCCUGAAGAAGCUCGACCUCAACAACAACACAUUCCACGGCGCAAUCCCGCCAGAAAUUGGCCGGCUACGCAGAUUGCGGACUCUGUUUCUAUACAACAACUCGUUGGGCGGCGAGAUUCCGUCCAACAUCUCGGGAUGCUCUGCUCUGGCCGAGGUCCAUGUCAGAAAUAACAAAUUGGUGGGAAGCCUACCUCGGCAGCUCGGCUUCUUGUACGGGCUUCAAUUCUUUCACGCGGGAGGAAACCGUCUAACAGGGAGCAUCCUUCCUUCUUUCGGCAACUUGACAUCUAUCAGGAUCCUAGCAUUAGGCGAUAACCAAUUGAGUGGAAGAGUUCCUGAGGCUCUAGGAAAACUGAAGAAGAGCCUUGAGGAACUGCUGCUGCAUCGUAAUUACUUAGACGGUGAAAUCCCUUCUUCCAUUUUCAAUCUUACUCUCCUUACACUUCUCUCCCUUGGAGAGAAUCGACUCCACGGAAACCUUCCGUGGAAUCUAGGAACAUUACUUCCGAAUCUUGAGAAUUUUUACGCGCCAUUUAACCAACUCACUGGUAGUCUUCCACCUUCUUUGUCCAAUGCCUCGAAUAUGGUCCAACUUCAACUGCAAGUCAACAAGUUUACAGGGAGUGUGCCUAGUAUGGCUAGCUCUCACAACCUUCUGCGUAUAAACAUUGCCGAAAACUUUCUUGGAAGUGGCAAGGUUAACGGUGAUGAUUUGAGUUUCCUUUCUACCUUGACAAAUGCAAGAAAAUUGCAAGCCCUGGUCAUCAACACCAAUAAUUUUGGAGGCAGCCUACCGGAGCAAAUUGGCAACUUGUCAUCCAGCCUUGAGAUACUUGUGUUGGAUGACAAUCAAAUAUUAGGAAGCAUCCCAGAGGGCUUACGAAACAUGUUCAACAUGCAAUGGUUUUGGGCAGAUAAGAACAAACUAUCAGGUACAACAAUACUAUCCAUUAUCGGGAACAUGCAAAGUUUAGUGCAGUUGCGUUUGGACAACAACAACAUUGCAGGAUAUAUUCCUUUGUCUAUUGGAAACUUGGAUAGAUUGCUCGUAUUGCGCUUGGCGAAUAACCAUCUAGAAGGAGAAAUUCCUAUAUCUAUUCAGAAUUGUAGAAGUAUGAUACUUUUGGACUUAUCAAACAACGAUCUCAGUGGCGUCAUUCCCCCACAACUCAUGGGUCUUACUUCCUUAUCAAUGAACUUAAACUUGUCUCAUAAUCAUUUUGUUGGCAGCAUCCCCAUCGAAGUGGAAAAUCUGAAGAACUUGGGCUCAUUGGAUCUAUCCUACAACAUGAUAUCAAACAACAUUCCAAGUAGCCUUGGUAAAUGUGUCAGCUUGGAGUUUGUGCAAUUGCAAGCCAACCUCCUCAGAGGAACAAUUCCUUCGUCCUUGGAUUCAUUAAGAGGUAUUCGACUAUUUGAUGUUUCAAGCAAUAACUUAUCUGGUCAAAUUCCCAAAUUCUUUGAGAAGAUGAAUUCUCUACAAUUAUUGAAUCUGUCUUAUAACAAGUUUGAGGGUGAAGUGCCAGCGGCGGGAGUUUUGAAUAAUAGCAGAAUCAUUUCAGUCAUUGGAAAUGGCAAUCUUUGUGGGGGAUUCGCUGAACUUAACCUUCCACAUUGUAGUUUCAGACAACCAAAGAAGAAAUUGAGCUAUAAGUGGAAAGUUUUUAUAUCAACCAUCUGUAGUAUCGUGCUCUUGUUCUUUCUUGGGACUUGCUUGCAUGUCUUUUGGAUGAAAAGGAAAGGUAAACUACAUGUAGUUUCCAGUGACGAUGAUUUCGACACUCGAGUAUCUUACCAAAGUCUCCAUAAAGCUACAAACGGUUUCUCCACAACAAAUCUUAUUGGUGUAGGCAGCUUUGGUUCCGUGUACAAUGGAGUUGUUAACAUUAAUGGAAAAGAGACCACAAUAGCUGCCAAGGUAUUCAACCUUCAGCGUCGUGGAGCUUCCAAGAGUUUCAUGGCAGAAUGUGAAGCAUUAAAGAAUAUCAGACACAUAAAUCUUGUGAGGAUAUUGACAGUAUGUUCAGGUGUUGAUUAUCAAGGGAAUGAUUUCAAGGCUCUAGUCUAUGAGUUUGUGGUUAAUGGAAGUUUGGAAAAUUGGUUGCAUCCAGUGGAAAGUUUUGAUGACCCUCCAAAGACUUUGAAAUUCCGUCAACGGGUAACUAUUGCAAUUAAUGUUGCUUCUGCACUAGAUUAUAUUCAUAACCUCUAUGAAACUCCUAUUGUUCAUUGUGAUAUUAAACCCGACAAUGUUCUCCUCGAUGAUCAUAUGGUUGCUCAUGUUGGUGAUUUUGGAUUAGCAAGGUUUCUUGAAUCAUCAAGCGAGAAAUCUAGCUCCAUUGGCAUAAAAGGGACUGUGGGCUAUGCGCCUCCAGAAUAUGGUAUGGGAAAUGAAAUUUCAGUUGAAGGCGAUAUGUACAGUUACGGGAUCCUCCUACUUGAGAUGUUCACAAGAAGAAGGCCAAUUGAUGAAUCUUUAAAAGACGGUUUAAACCUCCAUAAUUUUGUGAAUGCUGCUUUAUUAGGACAAGGAUCAACAAUUGCAGAAGUUGUGGAUCCAACUCUACUCAAUGAGCUACUACUUGGUCGAAUCUCGGAGAAAGCUCUAAUUUGCAUGCUUGAAAUUGGUGUUGCUUGCUCUUUCGACUCCCCGCAAGAGAGACUAAGUAUCAGUGAAGUUUUGUCAAGGCUAAACAAGCCACUUGUUUGA